AUGUCUGUCGCAUCAUCCGCCAUCGCUGGACCAUCCCAGUCCAGGGUCGAGACCAACUCGCGCGGUAUCCCGCACGCCCCUUUCAUCUCCAACGUGCAGGAAUAUCUGGGUGGUCCCGAUGAAGAAGUGGAGCCAACGCUGAAGAAAUUUCAAGAGACGAUGUCCAAGUACAAGUUCAUGGAGCUCAACACCGCACAGCGACGUCGUGGCCUCGAAGAUAAAAUCCCUGACAUCCGCAAAACACUUCAGAUGGUCACUUUCCUCAAAGACAAGAAGGACAACCCGGAAUCGAUAGAGACAACGUUCGAGCUGAACGACACACUCUAUGCAAAAGCAAAGCUGGAUCCCGUCGACACUGUACACCUUUGGCUAGGCGCGAAUGUGAUGCUCGAAUACCCGCUCGACGAAGCCAUCUCGUUGCUGACGGGCAAACUGGCGGGAGCAGAGAAGUCGCUCGAAUCGUCCAAAGAGGAUCUCGACUUUUUGCGCGAACAGAUUACCAUUAUGGAGGUCAACACGGCGCGCGUGCACAACUGGGACGUCAAACGUCGUCGCGAACGCAGAGAACAGCUCGAGAGGGAUGGUCUUACCGAGGACGGUGAACCCAUCUCGAAAACUUCACAGGCGUCCGGCGGCAGCGGCGGCGGUCGAUGGCUUUCAGACGAUCGUGACAAGAGCGAGACGAGUACGAGCAAGGAUGAGAGGAUUGCAAGGUCGCAAGAGAUAUAUACAGAGAGGAGCGCAGCGGCACCGCAUCGGUCAGGGUCACCUGUGGCGACGCAGCCAGUAGGGGGUGAAAGAUCUACGCCAGCGUUUGCGGGGGUUGCUCGCGACACGGCCACGAAUACGACGUCGACAGCAGUGCCAAAUGGCUCGGGUGAUGUAGCUGUCACGACACAGUCGAUCGAGAGCCCUACUGCGCGGACCCAGACUCCUCCUCCUCCUCCUCCUCCCAACGCCGAACCCCAACACCCCGACACGUCUCCCGUGAAAAAGUCUUCCUCUUCCUCCGACCCCAUACCGGCCUCAACACUCGUCUCGGCGCCAACAAUACUCCCUUCGCUAUUAACGCCGACCUCCGCCGACCCGUCGCUCUCAUCCACGCUCAUCGUGCCCCCGCUCAACUUCUCCAUGGUCUCUCGCGGCAUCUACCGGUCCGGUCACCCGAACGAGCGCAACUUCGAAUUCCUCCGCCGGCUCAACCUGAAAUCCGUGCUCUACCUGGGCACAGAAGACUACCGCGCCAACAUGACCUCCUGGACGGCCUCGCAGAACAUCCAGACCUUCCAUCUGCGGCUGGCGAUCAACAAGGAGCCCACGGCAGAGAUGGACGAAGCCGACGUUGUCAAGGCACUGCAGCUGAUCCUGAGGCCCGAGAACUGGCCGAUCUUGAUUCACUGCAACAAGGGCAAAUACCGGGUCGGAUGCAUCGUCGGGUUGGUGAGGCGGCUGCAGGGCUGGAGCCAUACGAGCAUCUUUGAGGAGUACAGCAGGUUUGCGGGGACCAAGAUCAGUGACCUCGAGUUUAUCGAGGUGUUCGAUUUGGACAAGGUGUCGCUCACAGGUUGA